AUUGUCUUCUAUAUAUUCGCUUAAUUUUGGUUUUGACGGGCCUCCCAAAGUCAGCGAUAACCGAUUAAUGAUAUCGCGUCGGGAGAUAAGUAUCCAUCAACAUACCGUUGAAAAGCUCGUGGUCGAUUGGGAACCGCCUCGGUGACAUUUGAACUACCGACCGAUCGACGUGUAAACGUAAAGGUUAAGGUUAAAACCGAAAGAUGCCCAAAUUUUCUCUAAGUUUGGUGCUCACGGUCCUGUUUUUCUUGUUCGUGGCGCGUUCGAUUUACAGCCUGUACAGCGUUUUCGAUUCCCCGCGAUGUAAGGCGGGUGAUGUCUGUUACCAUUCUUAUUUAAAUGGGAACCCGCAACUCGAUCUGCUCGUCUACCUCUCCGAUAACUCGAAAUCGGGUGAUUUCGAAUUGAUUUUGCACGUGGGCGGCUUCGAUUACCGGGAGCCCUACGAGAAGGAAAUCACGAUCGACGUGCCUCCGUCCGCUAGGAACAACGGGACUCUGUUUAUACAUACCCUAUUUGUUCCUAGUAAAGCCGAGACGGUGCACUCGCCGAAACGGCUGCCGCGUUCCGACGAGGCCGCCUACGUAAAGGGCAAGCUCACGAAAUAUGCGGUGCCCCAGAGUGAGACUUUCAAUCUGCUCAAGCAGACCCAAACCGAGCACAAAUUCAAGCCGGUCGCUCACCUGCGCAGCAGAUACGCGGUGCUCAUGUGCACCGAAGAAUUGCACAUUCCGAGACAAGACAUUCCCAUUGAGAUAAUGCAACACAUGCGGGUGACUUCCAAUAAAAUUUUACUACCCAUAGCGGUUCAGGAUUUUUUAAACAUGCGACUCAGGGAUUUGAAGGAAAUAAAACCCGACACCAGGACCAUGACUUUUGCGUUCGUGUACAACCCCGCGACGUUGGGGAAGAUGCGCUUUUUCGCCCAAAUGGAGGUGUCCCUGAAGCAGUUUCUGCAGCUCGGCUUCACCGAGAAAGACUUGGACGAGGUCAAGGGCGUGUUUGCGGAUACGAAUUUGUACUUGCUGUGCGCGACCAUGGCCAUCGGCAGCAUUCACCUCCUCCUCGAUUUCUUGUCCUUCAAAAACGACGUCAGCUUUUGGCGGUCGCAAACCUCCAUGGCGGGUCUAUCCACCCGCACCGUGCUGUGGCGCGCAUUUUCCCAAUUCAUGGUCUUUCUUUACCUCCUGGACGAGGGCACGUCGCUCCUCGUGCUGAUACCGAGCGGAAUCGGCACCCUUAUAGAAUUUUGGAAAGUCAAUAAAGUGUGCAAAACGAAAAUGUCGCUCUCGUGGGCGGGCCUGAGUUUCAAGCAAGACGUUCACGAGUCGGCGGAGGAGGCCGAGACGCGUAAAUACGACGAGGAGUGCAUGAAAUACCUCAGCUAUCUCCUCUACCCUCUCUGCAUGGGCGCCGCCAUCUACUCCCUAAUGUAUCAACCUCACAAAAGUUGGUACUCCUGGACGAUUAACAGUCUGGUGAACGGGGUGUACGCUUUCGGGUUUCUCUUCAUGCUGCCCCAGUUGUUCAUCAACUAUAGACUAAAGUCGGUCGCUGCGUUGCCGUGGCGAGCGUUCACGUACCGCGCCUUCAACACGUUCAUCGACGACAUAUUCGCGUUCAUUAUAACCAUGCCCACGGCUCACAGGUUGGCCUGUUUCAGGGACGAUGUCGUUUUUUUGGUGUACCUUUACCAAAGGUGGUUGUAUCCGGUCGAUAAGUCGCGCACCGACGACAUGACCGGCGAAGUAGUACCCGAAAACGAAAAGAAGAAGAAGAAGUAGUAAGGACGAAUUAUUUAUCUAUUUUAAUUAAAAUCUU